CUCGAAGACUAGAAAUCGCCGAGUAGUUGCAAAUAUGCACUGGUAGAGGAGUGUCUUUACCAGGAGCUCCCUACGCCAAGGGAAUCAUGGAUCAUUUAAAGUAAAGUACGUUUGGGCCCAGCCGGGGCUGACGGGGGGCACUGGACUGCCCGAAGUUUGUGGAAGGGAGCAGCCACCUGCUUGUGGAUGUCCCUGCGGGGAGCAGAAGAGCUGGGCGGGAAAGUCGGCCAAACUGUUUCUGCAGCCUCAGAAAACCUUUCGGGAUCGGAAUCAUGCCCCUGGUGUUUGCCACAUGAUAACAGCAGCUGUGUGAGACGCAAGCCCCUUGGGUGGUGGUUAUUUGUUGCUGUUUUUUUCCCAACAACCCCUUCCUCCCCCCACCCUGUGGGAUCAAAGGACCCGUUGCCGGCGGACAGGGGCAGGUGCUGAGACAACAUGGACAAGUACGAAGACUUGGGCCUUGAGGCCAGUAAAUUUAUCGAGGACCUCAACAUGUAUGAGGCCUCCAAGGAUGGCCUGUUCCGAGUGGACAAGGGAGCGGGCAACAACCCGGAGUUUGAGGAGACUAGGAGGGUGUUUGCCACCAAGAUGGCCAAGAUCCACCUUCAGAAGCAGCAGCAGUUGUUGCAGGAGGAGCUGCUGCAGCGGGGUAGUGGCUCCCUCAAUGGAGGAGGCCGGCUGGCCCCCCUGGUCCCACCUGCAGGCCCCUUCACCCACCGGGAGGCUGGAGGAAGCAGUAAGCAAUCCCUCGGGGAUGGAGCUGCCAAACCCCCUCUUGCUGCCCCUUCCUUGGCAUCUGGGGCUGGGCCGGUAGCACCAGGCCCAGGAAGUCAGCUGGCCUUUCAAAGUCAGUCAGCCUCGGCUCUGCCCCAGGGUCAGCGGGCCAGGUUGCAUCCCGAAGGCCAGAAGAGAGCCAGCCAGGACUUCAGUUAUGGAAAUGGUACGGGGAAUGCCUCGGCAUCUGCUUUGCAGGGGCUGGAUCCCAGGGGCAGUAGUGCUCUCGGCCCCCCUGAGGGGGCUUUUUCUUCUCUCUCUCAUGGAGAUUACUAUGACAACUAUCCCGGGCAGAAGUGGGGGGAGGAGCCUUCCCAGUUCACCAGCAUCCGACCAGGCACGGGGAGCUCUUGGCCAGGCUCCAAAACGCCAGCUGACCCUCCCCUGUACCAGUGCCAGGCAUCUCCAAACUCCUGCAGGUCUUUUGAGAGUGGGUACAGCAGCCAGGAUGGCAGCGGGAGUGAGGGCCACCAUCUGGGUCGGGACCCCGAGCAGAAGCCGGCCGGCCAGCAGCGCUCAUCUUCCUUUUCCCACACACUCAAUUCUAGAGCUCCUCCCCAACCCCCAGAAAUAACGACCCCCUUGGCCCUGCCACAGCAGAGGUCGUCCUCUUUCUCUUCCCCGGCCACCCUGGCUGCCUCAGGUACUUCACUUCAAGGAGAGCCGUCCAAAAAAAGUGCUUCGGUGGAAAGGGAGAUUCCUGGAGCCGUGGCCAAAUCCACUGGGGACUCUCUGCUCUGGUACCAUGGGAGCCCCAAAUCUUACAUUUCGAGUUCAGUACCUGCCCCACUGCCAACCAGCACUGACUAUCAGUCCUCUGGUGCUGCUUACCCUAAGUCCAUCGACCACUUAGCCCCUCAUGGGCAGACUCCCCAGCCCAAUCGCAGGGACUCUGGCCCAAAUCCCAAGUUGAGUUUCCCCAACCUUUCUUCGGUCCCAAUGUCUGAUGCUCUUGGGCCUGCUUUUAGAGAGGGGCCCAGUAGCUUGCCACCUGAUAGUACCCAAGGGAGUGUCCAUCCAGAAAACUCCAGCUCCUCCAAAGUAAAAUUACCCUGCCAGACCCUCCUUCCACCCCCAGAGCAAGGGUUGUCUGCAGUCGAAUUAAAAUUAGAAGCACUCACCCAGCGUCUGGAGCAAGAGAUGGAUAUUCAUCCGAAGGCCGAUUAUUUUGGAGCAUGUGUGAAAUGCAAUAAGGGCGUCUUUGGAGCCAACCCCUGCCAAGCAAUGGGGAACCUCUAUCAUGAUAGCUGCUUCACCUGUGGGGCCUGCAGUCGGAAGCUGAGGGGGAAAGCCUUUUAUUUUGUCAAUGGCAAAGUAUUCUGUGAAGAAGACUUCCUGUAUUCUGGUUUCCAGCAAUCGGCUGACAGGUGUUUUGUCUGCGGACACUUGAUAAUGGAUAUGAUCCUACAGGCUUUAGGAAAGUCUUAUCACCCAGGCUGUUUCCGCUGUGUGAUUUGUAACGAGUGUCUGGAUGGGGUGCCGUUCACAGUAGACACGGAGAACAAGAUCUACUGUGUGCGAGAUUACCACAAGGUAUUGGCGCCCAAGUGUGCAGCAUGUGGGCUCCCUAUUCUUCCAUCUGAGGGCUCUGAGGAGACUAUCCGUGUUGUGUCCAUGGAUAAAGACUACCAUGUGGAGUGUUAUCACUGUGAGGAUUGUGGAAUGGAACUCAACGAUGAAGAUGGCCACCGGUGCUACCCUCUGGACGACCACUUGCUCUGUCACGCCUGCCAUCUAAAGCACAUUGAGAAGGGGGCUUCCUCGGUGGCCACCCACCAGCACCCCUACUAGUCCAGCUUGGACAGAGCCAAUUUUGGUGCCCGUUUCCCUGCAUGCACAGCAGGGAAUGCCUAAGCAGCAAAUCAUAAUUUCGAUUUCUGAGAUGGGUGUGUUUGGGUUUGGGGGAGGUGGGAGGAGGGUGAUAAGGGAAAAGGACGCAUGCAUGUCUGUGUGUGCCUGGUUUUGUUUUCCCUUGGCCAGGAAAGUAAAACCAUAUCCAUUCUGGUACAUUUAUCUUCCAAGUGCCUUCCUCUGCACGCAGGAGGUCUUCAGAUUACUUGGGAAAAGGCAUCAUUAUCAAGGCGCAAGGAGAUUCGCUUGUGGAAAGCACAAUUAGCCAUCCUGAGCCCUACCUGCUGAGGUUACUGUGCAGUCUUCUGUGUGAUUCAUGUGGAGCCCAUUUUAAGAUCUCCCCCCUUCUCCCAUUCAGGAUACCAACAGAUUGAUAGCAGACCUUCAGAGUCUUUCUUUUUCCUUAAGGAAAUACUAUGUACAAAACAUCCUUUACAUCUUCCUUUUGCCCCAGAAGUCAGAUUUCAGGUCUUCUUUAGUAAUCUCUGAAGAUGAUCAUUGUGUUACAAAGAGAGACAGUCCCUAUAUUUUCAUUGGUGACACAGGAAAGAUUUGCCAACAGUGUAAACAAGAGCCAGGUUUUUAUGUGAAGCCGAAGAAGGUGCCCAUAGAAAUAUUUUGUCAGAGUAAUUUUUUUGGACUGGACCCAUGUUUUGGGAGUGUCUGGUGUGAAAACCUUCUUUACCUGGGCAGAUCUGCCCCUGUGGUGCCUCUUCUAGUCUUAGAGAUUUUCCUGGGACACUUAGACUUUAAGCCACUUGCUCAAACUCAGACAGGCAGGACGUGUCAGGGACACCAUUUGAAGCCAGGUCUUCUUGAUUCCAAGGCCUGUUCUCUAUCCACUAUGCCAUGCCUGCCUCUCACUGGUUUUACUGGCACCAAAAUCAGUAUCUCUGGUACCUGGCACAUACAUAAUAAUUGCUUAGAAGAAUGUUUUCUUUCAUUUUUUUGAAUCUCUUCAGACUUCUUUUUCCUUCACUUCCCUUCCCCAACCUCCCAAGAGAACUGGGAUCCAUUGGGCAGAGCCUUUCUUCUUUCCUACCUUGAGAAUUUCCCUACUAAAUGGACCAUGGGAGAAGAGCUUGGUGCAGGCACCGUUCAGCUCAUGCCAGGUCCUCAGAGUUAGGCCUUGGACUCCAAUGUUCCCAUUGCUAUGAAAUGGGUAUUGGCAUGGGGGUAGGUGGGAACAUGUGGACCAGCUUUUCUUUGGCUUGGCCGCCAUUUUGUAACUGGACUCACCCAGGGUUCUGGAGACAGACUAAGAGCUAACCCUGUAAUAUAAUUAAAGCAGACUUUUUUUCCUCCCUGGAAAACCAGAUGGCUGGGGAACACACUCCCCAUCUUAUUGGAGAAAAGGUAUUUAAAUCAAGAAAGUCACUUGAGACAUGAAACUACUUGCUCUGAUACUCAGUGCCAUAGACUUGGAGAGACAUUAUCGUUUGUUGGAUAGACCCCUACUCUUGCAGUCAGGACGACUUGGGAUCAAAUGCUGCCUCGAACACUAGUUGGCUCUGUGACCCUUGGCAAGUCAACCUAGCCACCACCUCCCUCAGUUUCCUCAUCUGUAAACUAAGAGUUGAAUUUGAUGACUUCCAAAGUCCCCAAAGCUAUAAGCUUUAGCUGCAAAGAAACCAGCCUAUGGGAUACCUUUUAUGUAACUGCUUCCUUAGACUAAGGAUGGCUCCUCAAAAAUCACAAAAAUUUCCUAAUAUAGCUCAACCAGAUUUAAGGGUCAGUGCCUACAACAGUCCUCUGCUUUGGGCCUCUGAACGCUUUGUUUAUGCUGUAUCAUAUCCGCUGGCAAAAUGAUGCCUUUUCUUCCAUUGGCCAAUCUCCAGUUGGUGAAGUCACUGGCAACUUAAAACUCUUACAUAGAUGCAUUUAAAUUCAGGUACACCUUCUUUUUAUUUUAGUCACAUUUCCCAAGGAGCAGCACAACCUACAAAACAGUUAGAUGUUGGUAAGAGUCCAAUAGCAUUUGCCUCACGGUGGCGUUGAGCCACUCUUUGGGGACCUAGUGUUAAUACCAUUCAUUGGAAGGAACAAGAGAAAAAGACCCUGAAAAUGUCUCUCAUUUUCUCUUUUUCAGAUGUAGCCUGUGGUGAAAGUCAAUCCCAACGCCUGCCACAGUCUAGGUCUACUCUCAGACCCUGCUGGGCAGGAUGAGGAAAUAGUGGCUUCUGAGGCCGGCUACCUCUGGCCUAUGAAAGCCUUGAAUGCUGAAUUUCUGGGAACAUAUAAUUAACCUCAGGCUCCAACACAAGCAAGGGGAAGGGGCUGGCAAAGUUAAGGCUGUUCCAGCAGGAUCGGGGGCUAGUUCUCACAGCUCUGUAGAAAAAGUGAAAAAUGAAAGGCUCUAGAGUUCCAAAAUAUCUAUCUGCCUAUAAAACCAUCACCAGUCUAUCCCACUUCCCAGGCUUGUCUGGUCGCAGAUAGCAGGUGUGUUCCAAAGCCUGAAGGAAGCCCAGGGCUUAGGCCUUGGUGAAUUGAGUUUUACAUGUGCCACAGCUCGAUUUUAUUCUAGCUGGGCCUGUGUUUCAUCUUCCUCCCCUCGCCACCCCCAGGUUCUGGUCUGGUAGACCUAGCCUAAUGGUCGGAUCAUAGAUUUGGAAUUAGAACGGGCUCUAGAGGUCGUCCAGUUCCCUCAUUUUAUAGAAGAGACUGAGGCCUGUGAAGGUGAAAUGACUCGUCCAAUCACACAAGGAAUCAUAAGUGCUAAACCCAGAAUUAGAGCCCAGUCAGUCAACAAGUAUUGAUGGGGGGCUCUGCUAAGCACUGGGGAGAGAGAUUCAGGGUUUGUUCAUUUGUUUUGAUGGUACCGCUAAAUAGCUUGGUGAGGACAUUUUUGUGUCAUCCCUUCUGCCCCACCAGGGUCAUCCAACUCAACUUUAAAUUAAAGAAUAACAACAAAUACUAGGGAGAGUCAGGUAGUCAACAAGCAUUCAGGAAGCGCUCUAUGCUGGGUGCUAGUGAUACAGACAAAGGCAAAGCGACUUUCUGCUUCCUCUCUUGUCAUUUCUAGUUCCAGGGAUGCUGGGCUCUGCUGAAGAGGCUCUUUACUCCCUGGGACAAGAGGGUUCAUAGGGAAGAUCUGGGAGGAGGCUCCCUGGGGGUCCCCCAGGUAUGAGGUGCCCUUGUUGAAAAUGGAGCUGAAUGAAUUGGGGAGGAGCUCUGCCUUCGGUGCAGGCCCAGUGUUUGGCUUCCUGUGACCCCUCUUAAGCCCCUCUGCCCUCUCCAAAGAAGCCACUGAUGAUCAGGACCCACAGCUGUUUUUAAAGUUCUAAACAUAGGCAGUAUGGCCGACUCAGCCUGCGGCUUUCAAGGCCAACCUAGUUAUCUGGGCUUCUUGCUGGUCUUCCUUCUUGUCUCUUCUCUGCAUUUUUUUUUUCGGGGCAAUGGGGUUAAGUGACUUGCCCAGGGUCACAGAGCUAGUAAGUGUCAAGUGUCUGAGGCCGGAUUUGAACUCAGUUACUCCUGAAUCCAGGACCAGUGCUCUAUCCACUGUGCCACCUAGCUGCCCCCGCCCCCCCAAGGCAACUCUCAAAGUUGUAGGGCAGGUGUAGACUUGUUUGGGUUUGGGAAGUUUCUUCAUGCUAUUCUCUAUGCCAACACAACCAAAGGUCUGGUCUACAUACAAAUCUAUAUAUGUGCACGAAUGCACACAGAAGUGCAUGUGUUUACAUGUAGCAUACAUAUAGGCAUACAUUAACAUUUAUACAUAUAUGUGCACACACAUCAUGUGUGUAUAUAUGCAUAUGUAACAUCUGUACAUACAUGCACUGUGCUAUCUCAGGCUGAUGGGCCCACUGUGGCCUUGUCUUUUAUUUUCCUCCUUAUUUUAUGUAGGAACAACUCCUGAGGUGCCGUCCAUGAAGUCCCAAGUCAUUCUAGAACAUCUGAAAUCACUAGAGUGAAAUCUUUAAAAAAAAGACAAAAUGGAGGGAAAGCAGGAGCAAGGAUUUAUUAGUGUCCACUGUGUGCCAGGUGCUGUGUUGAGCUCUUUAUGCAUAUUCUCUCAUUUGAGAUGCCAUGUCUUUGACAUAGUUUUUUUUUUUUUCCCUGAGCCAGAACUUGGCAGAGUUUGGGGGAAUGAAUUUCAGUAUUGAGUAUGAAAAGCUCGCUGUGAGGGGAUGCACUUUCCUCUGUGUUUAUCUUUUGUUCUAUUAUUAUAGCAUGAUUCAAACUAUUGUCAAAUGAAUAACAAGUAUGAAGAGUAACUCUUAAAGUACUAACCCACAUUGUUGUUAUUGUUGCUGUUUUCCUAGCCCAUUUUUACUGUCCCUUCCUGUAGAAGCUUGCUCUUUGCAGGGGGAUGUAGGCAGGCCCAGCCUGGGCUUCUGUGUUCUCCUAGAAAGAGCUACCCCAUAGCUUCAAGGUGUCUCCCACAAAUUCCACAGGUGCUCUUCCCACGGCCUAGGUCUCUGAAGAGUCCGUUGAUAAACCAGUCGUGGUCCUUUCCUUUUCACUCCCUCCCUUUUGCUGAGAUGAUGGCCAAGACCCGCAAGGGGAGAGAGGCAACCCAAUCCCUCUGCCUACAGAUGAUGAGUGUGAUAGAUUGAGGGCAGCUGUCAUUACCACGUUCAGAAUGCUUCAGAAAAAUUGUCUUUUCCCUCCUGCCAUCUCUCCCAGUUAGUGAGUGGGUAUCAGAACACAAACUCAUGUCUUCUCAUUCAAAGUUAAAUGCUCCUUUUUCUCCACUGCCCUUGGGUAAGAUUCCCCAAUGCCCUGAUGCUUGCUUUAGCAAAAGAAUGGAAAAAUGUUUUGUUUCUUAAUCCUGAAAUUGCUGUUUCCUCCUUUAAAGUCAUGGGUGUUCUUGAUGCAGCAGGUCUGCUAGAUGUACGUACGCUCACACUUUUCAAACCUCAACAGCUUGAAAUAAGCUGGCCAGGGCCUACAAUACGGAAUGGUACUCAUUUUGAUUGUUUGUUUCUAGGACAUUUCAGUUCCAAAGAAAAUAAAAAUUAAAAAGCUUGUUAGUAUAUCUGGUGACAUGACUAAUCUCAGCUAGGGGUGGAUGGAUGCUGUCCUUUUUUUAAAGCUGUUAAGUAUUUAUGAUAUAAUAGGGCCAAAGCAAUGGAAAACCUGGCCCAAUUUUGAAUUACCCAAAUCAAUAAAUGCAACUGAGUCGA